AUGAGCUCCACCACCGCGCCGAAGCAGGAGGAGUCUCGCUCGACACCCGUUCAAUGGAGCCAGGUCAUUGAUCCUGCUCUCCAGCAGCAAUCGGCAACACCAACGCAGACACCGAAUCAGACACCCUCACAGACAUACCAGUAUCCUUCAUAUUUCCAGAACUAUGGACAAUACAAUGCGUAUUCGCACACUGGGGCGUAUGGUACCCAGUCAUCCGCCACAGCAGCGUCCAGCUCAGCGACAACCUCGGCUACGCAAUCUCGAGCUCCCGCACCGGUCACCGCCGCCGCACCCGCCGCUGGUGCAGGUCAACUCGAUACCGCAGACGUCGCGACACUGAAUGAUGCCCUUGGCAGUGCGGGUGUAGAUCUGAAGGCAGAAGAAGAAGGGUUACAGCGUUCAUCCGACCGAUACAGUAUUCACUCUUCAUACGAUGAUCGUUCACACAAGCAGCCUACGAAGCCCAAUUUUGAUACUCGCUUCCUCGGUCCUCGCCUGCGUGACAUCGCGAAGAAGCAUAAGGUCGUAUCUGUACCAGAGGAGUCGGUCAAUUAUGUGGCGCUCGCUCUUCGAACACGGUUACAGGACCUGGUCACUUCGAUGAUUGCCGCUUCGGCUCACCGGACUGAUACCGCUUUCGACCGCGCACCGUCCCUAUACGAGGAUGGUACCCCGAUGUGGAGUGUCACCGUACAGCGCGACGUGGCCAAACAGCUCGCCGCGCUCGAGCGUAGUGAGAGGGAGGAGGAAAUGCGGAUACGACGCGAGCGUAAGGAGCUAGCUGCCGCGCAGGUCGCCGCGGGCAACGUCCCGACAGGCCCACUCGGAGCUGCAAGCGCGAUGGAUGGCGAAGAAGAGGAGGGGCCGAAGAAGAAGAAGAAGAAGGUCGAUGGGCCUGGGGUGACGGCGAAGAAUAUGUCCGAGGAACAACGCAAGAAGAUGUCCAACGCCGCCGCCAGCCAUGCAAUGGGAGGCGCCGCGAAGCAAUACUCCUGGAUGACGGCGGGCAGUUCGUCGGCGGCCGCGGCCAAACCGCGGACCAACGCCACAUCAGCCUCUUCAGCGCCGUCUCCCGCCACGGGCGGUGGACUGUCUGCGACGACACCUGGUGCCUGGACCAAGCCCUACCAGAACGUCACUAAAGCUGCGACGCCAAUGCGCCCGGAAGACUCGAAGAAGAUGGUUACACUGCGGGAUGCCCUCUUCGUCGUGGAGAAGGAGCGGGGACACGGUGGCGGCCGUGGUGCUGCCCGGGGCUGGACGUAG